UCACGAUAUCUGUUUCCACUAACUUAUUGUGCUGGUUCAGCGUCUUUUGAUCCUUCAUCAAUAGCUUGAAGCUCUUAUUGGAGUUCAUAUAUGGCCAUCAAGCGCAAUUCUAACAAAUUUCUUUGCUGGAACUUUAUCAGUGGAUGGAUUUUAGUGAUACUUCAACUCACAGAUGGCAGAAGUGUUAUAUGGUACGAACCUACUCCGGUUGUGACAACAUCGGAUCCAUUAGAAGUGCUCCCCACUGGCACUGUACAGGCUUAUGAAGGGUCUCCUGCCAUGCUGAAAUGGAACUACAGUGUUACGCCUCGUUUACUUUAUGGUAUCAUAAGAUUCAACCGUAUUGGCAUAACCAACUUCCGAUCAAACGGACAAGAGGGUGAAGUCGAUGCUAGAUUUAAGGAUCGGUUCAGUUUAACGGCGACUCCACAAAGUGCUUCUCUGUUGAUUUCUAAUGUGACUGCUGCUGACGAUAAGGCUUAUGGAGAAUUUAGCUGUCACUUAGUUGCUCCCAAUGGGGUUGUUUGGAUACGCCGUAUUCAAGUGCAAGUCAUAUAUCCUGUCAAGAUUGUUAAUUUUCAAACUGAGUAUUUUGUUGGCUAUCGAGAAAAUUUAAAUCUUGACUGUGAAGCAGAAGGAAACCCCCCGCCAACUUAUUCUUGGACUCCAUGUGGCACGGAACUAGUUUGUGACAACAACAAUCUGUAUAUUUCACAACUCUUUGAAGAUGCCGACUAUACCUGCAGAGUGGCCAACAAUUUUAGUGGUGAUACAAAAAAGGCCAGCGUUUUCAUUGGAGGAAAUGUGAUUAAUGUAACCAUUGUCAUCACCAGUGAAAGUUGUACUGAUGGAAAAUAUGAAGACCAAUCCUCGUUAUCGACGAGACUCAAAGAACUGAUGACGGUGGUUUUUGGUGGUAAACCUUAUGGUUACCAAAGCCUGGACUUCAUAAACAACAUCAGGUGUGAAGGUAUAGCUGUUGACCUGGGGCUUACAUUUAAUUCCAAAACAAGAGAGAAAGAUACUAUUGCAGCACUUUGCAAUGCUACCAAGGGCGGGAAGCUUGGAAGCUUCAGUGUGAGUGCUAUAAAAGGGAAGAGAUCUCGGUUUGAUUUUGAAACAACAACUACUGCCGCAUGCACAUUUACCAUGUCACCCGGCAGCCCCUCUGAUAGUACCGUAUGGUUUAUUGUUGGUGCAGUGCUAGGAUCAGUUACCGCACUGGCUGUCCCCAUUGGAAUAUUCGUUUUAUUCAAAUGGAAGUCUGGGGUAGCAAAAAGAGAACGGACGAAUGGAGAAACAACGGAAGAAAAAGGACAUGAUAAUACUGAGCUCGAAAUGGUGGAUCCCUCUCAAAGCCAGAAUUACAUGGCAUUGGAUGAGAAGACUCGGUCACCCUCCCUUCACGAUGCACGGCAGGGAAACUGUCCACAACCCGCCGAGCCAGUCAAUGAAUACGCUUCUCUGAACUCAUCUUCACGCUAUUGGGAGAUUCCUGCAGACCACGUGACGAUAGAAAAGGUCGUUGGCAAAGGUGCUUUUGGUCAAGUUGCCAAGGCAACAGUCAAAGGCCUCCAUGGAGGACUAAAGACGACAGUUGUGGCUGUUAAGAUGUUGAAAGAUAACACUUCGGAAUCAGAGGGGAAGGAGUUAUUUUCCGAACUUGAAUUGAUGAAGCACCUUGAACCUCAUCCUCAUGUCAUUAAACUUCUGGGAUGUGUCACGAUAUCUGGGCCACUGAUGGUGUUGAUUGAAUAUGUUCCAUAUGGAGAUCUAUUGGGUUACCUGAGAAAGAGCCGUGGAUUAAACGACACUUACUACAAAGACCCAGAUAUCAAACCAAAAACAAAUCUGACUUCCAGGCAGCUGACGAAGUUUGCGUGGCAAGUCGCCGAUGGAAUGUCAUAUUUGUCAUCCAUACCAAUUAUCCAUCGUGACCUUGCAGCUCGUAAUGUGUUAGUUGGAGAUGGGGAAACGUGCAAAGUAACAGAUUUUGGCAUGGCGAGGGAUGUCCAAGAGGACAACAUUUAUGAAAUGAAGUCAAAGGGACGUAUCCCUGUGAAAUGGACUGCUUUUGAAGCGUUGCUGCAUGGAAAAUAUACCACGAAAAGUGAUGUGUGGAGCUAUGGAGUUGUCCUGUAUGAGAUUUUUACGAUUGGUGGUUCACCGUAUCCAAAGAUGGAUGGAAGACAAGUUUUAACAUUGCUAGAAGGGGGAUACAAAAUGCCUAAACCACAACACGUGGAUGAUAAGUUGUAUGACAUAAUGACAAACUGUUGGAAAGACGACCCUAACUUGAGACCAUCUUUUGAGGACUUGAGGAACGAGCUGAAAGAAAUCGAAAACCAGCACAAGGGGCUGUUAGAUUUAGAUAAUUACAACGAUCUACUUUACAUUACUGUUGACGAUCUUGCCGAAUAAAUCCUCGUAGAGCAAAGGAUAAAGUGAAAACCCUUGAGGCCCUACGAGAUCUGUACUCUUUUCCUUAUGUUAUUUGACGUGAACGUUCAAUACUGCGUUAAUGACGGAACCAAGUAUACCCAGCAAACUGUUUGAAAGCAAAGCAACGCAGAGCCUCCAUAAUUAACCCUCUGCCUGUUUAAUGACCCUGACCAAACAGGUGUCAUUAGAGGCAGAUGUAUUUGACAAAAAAAUUGGCUAAGUGGCGAUAUUCCUGAGGGAACAAAGCUUCAGAAAAUUCUGGAUGUGCUACUUCAGCUCGCAUUUAGUAAGGCCGCUUCUGAUGGGAAUUCAUACAAAACAAAGAACAAUUGCAUGGCUUAGUUUUCGGGGGAUCUUUUCAACGCUAGAUUUCUGUCUGUUAUUUGAACACAGAAAGUUCAUUCUUGAAGAAGAGCGUCCGUACAAAUUUGUUUAUCUGUCAAGAGGAGUAAGACAAGGUUGCCCUUUAUCCCAAGUUUUGGCAGUAGAGCUGUAAGCGGGAAAUAUCAUACAAGAUAAAAAAAAUCAAGUGCAAAAAGUUUAGGUGAAGAGCUAAAUUUAAACACGUUCAGUUCGCUAAUGAUAGCACCCUUACUGACAACAACUCGUUAAAAAAAUACAAUUAUUUUACUGGACAACUUUGGUGAUAUCUCCUGCCUGAAACUGAACCCUUGGAAAAUAAAAGCUCUAUGGGUGGUAGCGUGGAACCAUAGAAAGGACGAGCCGUUUGGAUUUCACACGUGUGACUUGACAAACCAACACGCGCCUCGGGUAAUUUUAUUUGUUACAACGAGGAAGAAAACGAAACAUAAAAAUUCACGUUAAAACUGCAGAUGAUUGAAGACCACGCCAGUUAUAUGGAGCCACAGGAGUCUUGCACUAUUUGGCAUGAAUGAAUGAAUGAAUCCUUAUUCAUAUUGCGCCCUUUCUAUACAAUAUUCAAAGGCGCAGUACCCCCCAUCAAUUUGAUAGACACUACACAAAGAUAGACCACAGCACCGGGCACUACGUACCCUAAUCUUUUCGAACAGUGUGUGGGUUCUUUAACAUCCCACAUUUUUUUUUUUUUUAUA